CCCUACAAGUUAGGUUGUCCCUAGCCUUGGUCAAACCUUUGUCCUGGCUGGGCCACAAGCUGCAGGGUUGGCCCUUGCCUGAAGCCUAGGGACUUACUUGUGCUAGUCCCCUUGCUGUCUUCAAAACCACUGGGUCAGCACAUUCCUGAAGCAGCCAAGUGGACCCCCCUCCCUCUUGGCCCACCCCUCUCUCCCGGCUCCUGCUGUGGCUGGCUAUUACUCAGGUUGAGCCGGGACCGGUGUAGGCAUACCUCUUCAUUGCCUGCACAGGUGUUCUUUUCAUCGGGACAUGGCCAGUAGUGGUGGGGCCAAGAGGAGGUGAUAGGAAGUGGACCGGGCACCUGGGAUGUGGACUGCCCAGGUUCUGGAAAGUGCUUUCACAACAGGGCUGCCGUGUAGCCACUGCUUCCGCCUUGAGGCCUGCCUGCCUCCCGCCUACCUGACUCAGAUCUGCCAGGAAUGCCAUGCCUAGGGCCUUCAGUCCUCCUGGUGAAGGAGUCUUCAAAUGCCCUGAGGACCAGCUUCCUCUGGACUAUGCCAAGAUCUACCCAGACCCAGAGCUGGAGGUCCAGGUGUUAGGCCUGCCUAUACGCUGCAUCCACAGCGAGGAGGGCUGCCGCUGGAGUGGGCCACUUCGCCAUCUACAGGGCCACUUGAACACUUGCAGCUUCAAUGUAGUCCCCUGCCCGAAUCGCUGCCCCGCCAAGCUGAGCCGGCGUGAUCUGCCUGCCCACCUGCAGCACGACUGCCCUAAGCGCCGCCUCAAGUGUGAAUUCUGUGGCUGUGACUUCAGUGGGGAGGCCUACGAGAGUCACGAGGGCAUGUGCCCCCAAGAGAGUGUGUACUGUGAGAACAAGUGCGGUGCCCGAAUGAUGAGGCGACUGUUGGCCCAGCAUGCCAGCUCAGAGUGCCCCAAGCGCACCCAGCCUUGUGCCUACUGCACCAAGGAGUUUGUUUUUGACACCAUCCAGAGCCACCAGUACCAGUGCCCACGGCUGCCUGUUCCCUGCCCCAACCAAUGUGGUGUGGGCACCGUGGCUCGGGAGGACCUGCCUGGCCACCUGAGGGACAGCUGCAGCACCGCCUUAGUGCUCUGCCCUUUUAAAGAGUCCGGCUGCAAGCACAGGUGCCCUAAACUGGCAAUGGCACGUCACGUGGAGGAGAGUGUAAAGCCGCAUCUGGCUAUGAUGUGUGCCCUGGUGAGCCGUCAACGGCAAGAGCUGCAGGAGCUGCGGCGAGAGCUCGAGGAGCUCUCCGUAGGCAGCGACGGAGUGCUCAUCUGGAAGAUCGGCAGCUAUGGGCGGCGUCUGCAGGAGGCCAAGGCCAAGCCUAACCUGGAGUGCUUCAGCCCAGCCUUCUACACACACAAGUACGGUUACAAGCUGCAGGUGUCUGCCUUCCUCAACGGCAACGGCAGUGGGGAGGGGACACACCUCUCCAUCUACAUCCGCGUGCUGCCAGGCGCCUUUGACAAUCUCCUGGAGUGGCCCUUUGCCCGCCGGGUCACCUUCUCCUUGCUGGACCAGAGCGACCCAGGUCUAGCCAAGCCACAGCAUGUCACUGAGACCUUCCACCCUGAUCCAAACUGGAAAAACUUCCAGAAGCCUGGCACUUGGCGAGGCUCCCUGGAUGAGAGCUCUCUGGGAUUUGGCUACCCCAAAUUCAUCUCCCACCAGGACAUCCGAAAGCGAAAUUAUGUGCGGGAUGACGCCGUCUUCAUCCGUGCCUCUGUGGAACUGCCCCGGAAGAUCCUUAGCUGAGAGUGGAGCCUUUUGGGCUCAAGUAGGGAGGGAGGUGGGACAGGAUCUUGGACACUGGCUGAAACUGGAUUGGGGCCGGACCCCCUUUCAGCUUCUUUUGCCUAGGUUGUUAAUCCACUCUCUCCCUAUCACCACCACCACCUCUAACCCUCAGGUGCCUCCAAUUGGUGCUUCAGCCCUGGCCCCUGUCGGGGGGCGGGAGCAGUCUCGGGGUUAAAGGGCUGCAAACAAGCAAUCCCAGGGCCUGUCUCCUGGGCAGGGCAGACAUGCCUUGGUACCACCCGAGUUCUACCUGGACUGAGGUGCCUGCUCAGGUGCUAUGUCCCAAGAGCCAUAGUAGGGGUGGGAGGUGCUGGGAAAGGGAGGAGUAGUUAUGAGAGUCUGCCUUGAGAUAACUUCUCUUUCCAUUUACCCGGUGGUGCCCUCUCUGGUUAUUUAUUUCUUUAGUGCUAGGGGGGCACAGCAGGGGAACUCUGAUUUUUAAUAAAUCCUGAAUUGUAUUUAUUAACUUUA